AUAACUCUUUUAAGUUUUCUGUUGCGCAAUAUCUGCAAUUUGCCAGCACCUGCCAAUGGAUGGGACAAGGAGCCUGCAGCAACAAGUGUUAACGUGGAAGACGAUGUAGUAAGGCUGAGAUUAUACCGUAAUAAUCUGUAUGGUCACAUCUCUGAACCAGCUCUAUCAGACGCUGAUUUCAACAAAUACUGGAAUGACAUUGAAACUGUUUUGUUAAGACAUGGUGUAAACAAGACAGCCAUUGAUAGUCUUAAAACACAAUCCUUCGAACCUGAAGAUGAAGACUACUACAUCAAAUGCUUAAAAGAAUGGAUCACUGAUGAGGCUGAUAGAGUAAUCCAUGAAGUGAAGGAAUCAGAAAAGAGAGUGCUGAAUGAAAUUGAAAGCGUAAAGGACAAACUGGAUCAACUAAAACCGGAGCCAUCAAAACCGGCUACACCUGAAGAAAUGGAAUUGUACUCCAAAAAACUCAAAAAAACUAUACUAAAGCAAACAGAACUUGAACUACAGCCMAAAGGAAUAAUACAAUCAAUGAAAACUGAUGAUAUUUUUACGAACUUGAUUGUUCACCACGGCAAAAAAGCAUGCCCAGAACUCUUGCCAGAACAAAUUCAAAGACCUCACGAAUAUCACCCUGAUCGUAAGACGCUGACYGAAAUCAAGCAAUGUAGUGAGAUUUUUGUUGAYGAGGACGAAAAAGACACUACCGUCAAGAGAAUAUUACUUUCAGGUGAACCAGGCGUAGGGAAAACAUUGUUCUCGCAGAAACUUCUUCGAGAUUUGGCUACAAAUUCAACAUCGAUCCCUGACAUUAAGUUUACUUACCUCAUAACGUUUAGACAAUUGAACAAUUUGUCGAAAAAGGAAACGCUGAACCUCAGAGAACUGCUGAAUCUUUGCCCUUUAUUGAACGAUGGAWCCAUGAUAGACGAGAAUGUGAUGGACUACAUUCUUCAGCAUCCAGAGCAGUUAUUGAUUGUUCUCGAUGGCUUUGACGAAUAUAAAGACCGCAACAAAAUACUCGGAGAUUUUGAAAGYCAAUUUUCUAAUGAUAGUAAAACCAAGAAGCCAGUAGCAGAUCUCCUAAGCAAACUAAUCAGAAAAAAAAUCUUGGCCGAUGCUGUCAUCAUGGUUACUUCCAGGCCGAGCGAAGCGAACGCUUUAGACAAAAAAAUGCACCCUGAUCACUAUGUCGAAAUUACAGGAUUCUCAGAAUCAGAGGUCAUUGCAUAUGUUAAGAAAUAUUUCAGUACAAAACCAGAAGAAGUAAAAAACAUGGCACUKMGYAAGGUUAAAGAAAGCGCGCACUACAUUUCAUUUGGUCGCGUYCCUUUCCGUUGUUUGUUGAUGUGYGUGUUCAUCGAGUGGAAAAUCAAAAAACACGAUAAUUCAUGUCCUCUCACACUUACAGAGUUUUAUUUUCAAGUAAUUCAAUGCAUUGAAAAGAAUUACAAYAGAGCAAUACUUAGUUUAGAUGACAAAGCCGCUUCGUUGGCUGUUGACAAAACACUCGACAAUUUUUCAAAGUUAGCGGCUCUUUUAGCCGAACAAAAGAGAUUUAGUUUUACCUCACAAGACUUAGAAAAUCUAAAAUUAUCAGAAAAUGAAUUAUUGUACAUAAAAUCUAGUAAUCUUAUAUUUUGUUAUCCUGUUUCAAGUAAUAAUUUGCCAUUUCAAAAGCCAAUCUGUGAAUAUAGCUUCACACACUUCACCAUUCAAGAGUUUCUUGUUGCUCGGUAUUUGGUCAAGAAAGGCGUAAUGGCGGCAGAAGAAAGCACUGAAAUGGUGUACACAUUCAUGAGCGGUUUGUUAGGUUUAAAUGAUAAUAAUGAAUUAAUGGUAGAACUACUAGAGUGUCUAGGUAAACAUAUUGAAGGUGAAGGUAGACUAAGACUGGUGUCAUUGCGAUGCCUGCACGAGUUUGGUCAAGACAAACGCUUGACAAGACAAGAACUAAAUACAAACCGUGACUACAGAUACUGGUCUAGUGAUGGGAGGAUUGGAUUACAUGAUGUAACCGACACGGACUGGGAUGCAAUCGCUAUGUUAGUAGAAUCCACUGCUACAUCAAUAUCAUCACCACCACGCACAUUGUCCAUUAGUGUCUCACCGAUAACCAUUACCGGGAUAAAGAGAUUGAUGUCAUCACUCAUUACAAACUGUUCAAUCAAAGUACUGAGGCUGGUGUGGUGUAGUGAUUUGAAUGAUGAACAUGUAAAGUGUUUGUGUAAAAAUUUACAAAAGACAAAAAUAACCCAGCUAAGCCUGUGGGGUAAUAAGAUAACUGAUGGUGGAGUGGAUGACAUCAUGGUACACUUAGCCAGUAAUCUCACCGUGCUAAACCUGUCUUAUAAUAUUAACAUAUCUGCUGAAUGUAAAGAGAAAACUAGACAAUACUGUAGUGAUAAAUAUCCUGGUCUUGAGUUAUACAUAUAGUAGAUAUAAUUCAAUGUUUGACUCUUGUAGAGUUGUAGUGAUACAAGUAAACCAAACACAACAAAAAUCACAUCAAACUAUUUAUUCAUMAWUUYUUAGUUUUCUACAAUUCCUUACAUAUUCUUUUGUAAAAAUAUAAGCUUAUAUCAAAAUGUAUGUACAUUUUAUAAUUUUGUAUGAUAGUUCUUGACAUUUUGUAGGUGAUAGGAAUUUUUCAGUUUCAGUAAAGCUGAACUUGUACAAAUGAGAGGACAUGAAAAACUUUAUUAAGAGUUUUUCUCUUGGGUUUAGAAAACUUGAAUAAAAAUCUUAAUGUAAUUUUAA